AUGGCGACCAGCAACCAUAAUGAGAAGUUCCAAAACGACACGGCGUCCAAUACGUCGGAUCCAGUCAGAGGCACCGUGGAAAACGUUGAGAAUACACAGUUCUACAUCGACCCGAAACAAGAGGCAAAGCUUCGUCGCAAGAUUGACUUUAUGAUUGUUCCAACAGUCUGUUUGCUAUAUCUCUUCUGCUUCAUCGACCGCGCAAAUAUCGGAAAUGCUCGUCUUGCCGGCCUGGAAGACGACCUUGGGAUGAAAGGAAGUGACUACAAUAUGGUCCUUUCCGUCUUCUACAUCAGUUACAUCAUUUUUGAGAUCCCAGCGAACCUUCUCUGCAAGUACAUGGGACCAGGAUGGUUUAUCCCUUUGACGUCGUUGGGAUUCGGGUUGGUGUCUAUCUUCACAGCCUUUGUGCACACUGUCCCUCAGAUUUGUGGUGUACGUUUUGUCUUGGGCAUUUUUGAAGCUGGUAUGCUGCCUGGCAUUGCCUACUAUAUGUCACGUUGGUACAAGAGAUCAGAGCUUACCUUCCGAUUGUCGCUUUACAUCGUGAUGGCCCCCUUGGCGGGUGCUUUUGGUGGGCUGCUCGCCUCAGCCAUCCUCAAGCUUCCGCACUUUGGACGGUUCAAGAGUUGGGAGAUGAUCUUUGCCAUCGAAGGAAUCGUCACCGUGGCCUUGUCCAUUAUCUCCUUUGCUACACUUACCGAUCGACCCGAUUCGGCCAGAUGGCUUACAGAGGAGGAAAAGGCGUUGGCCAUCAACCGUAUCAAAGCCGAACGUCUCGGAACGACAGAAGUUUUGGAUAAGAUGGACAGAGCAAAGAUCUUUGCCGGCAUUCGCAGUCCUAUUACUCUGUCCACUUCCAUCAUUUUCCUACUAGAUAACAUCACCGUUCAAGGCCUUGCGUUCUUCUUGCCGACCAUCGUCCGAACGAUUUAUCCCGAGCGAUCAGUCAUCUCUCAACAGCUCUUUACUGUCCCACCAUACGUCGUCGGUGCCUUCUUUACGGUGCUCAUUCCAGCGUUCAGUUACAAGAUGGAUCGUCGACAGAUCUUCAUUAUCCUCUGCGCGCCUCUCGUUAUGGUCGGAUAUGCCAUCUUCUUGGGUACUAACAAUGGCCAAGCACGAUACGGUGCCACAUUCCUUGUUGCUAGUUCGGCAUUUGCUCUGGCGCCUCUGACGAACUCGCAUAUCAGUGCCAAUGUCUUGAGUGACACUGCAAGAAGUGCUGCUAUUGGAACCAAUGUCAUGUUUGGUAACGUUGGAGGUCUCAUCUCUACUUGGUCUUUCGUCAAGAGCGAUGGUCCUAACUAUCCCAUUGGAAACGGAUUGAACCUUGCAACGUCUUCUACUAUCUUGGUUCUUGGUACCUUGACCCUCUUGUGGAUCAAGCGAGACAACCAGAAGCGGGCGAGUCGGUCUGCUGAGGAGGAGUUGGCUGGAAUGAGCCAGCAACAGAUCCAGGAUCUUGAUUGGAAGAACCCCAACUUCCGCUGGAUCGCGUGA